CGCGACCCCCACCCCCAGCCCCGAGCCUCGGCAAAGCCCGCGCCCGCCCCGGCCCGAAGAUGCUGAGAUCCACGUGGAAUUUUCUGAAACGUCACAAAAAGAAAUGCAUCUUUCUGGGCACGGUCCUCGGAGGAGUAUAUAUUCUGGGAAAAUAUGGACAGAAGAAAAUCAGAGAAAUACAAGAGAGGGAAGCUGCGGAGUACAUUGCCCAAGCAAGAAGGCAGUAUCAUUUUGAAAGUAACCAGAGGACUUGCAACAUGACAGUGUUGUCCAUGCUUCCCACGCUGAGAGAGGCCCUAAUGCUGCAGCUCAAUUCUGAGAGCCUCACAGCCCUGCUAAAGAACAGGCCUUCAAACAAGCUAGAAAUUUGGGAGGAUCUGAAGAUAAUAAGUUUCACAAGAAGUAUUGUAGCUGUAUAUAGCACGUGUAUGCUGGUUGUCCUUCUGCGCGUGCAGUUAAACAUAAUUGGUGGCUAUAUUUACCUGGAUAACGCGGCCAUUGGCAAAAAUGGCACUACAGCUCUUGCUCCCCCAGAUGUUCAACAGCAAUAUUUAUCAAGUAUUCAACACCUCCUUGGAGAUGGCCUCACAGAACUGAUUUCUGUCAUUAAACAAGCUGUGCAGAAGAUUUUAGGGAGUGUGUCUCUUAAACAUUCUUUGUCCCUUCUGGACUUGGAGCAGAAGCUAAAAGAAAUCCGGAAUCUCGUGGAGCAGCAUAAAUCUACUUGGAUUAAUAAAGAUGAAUCCAGAUCUUUAUUAUGCCACUAUAUGAUGCCAGAUGAGGAAACGCCUUUAGAAGUCCAGGCUUCUGGGCUUUCUCCAAGAGAUGUCACCACGAUUAAACUACUCAAUGAAACUAGAGACAUGUUGGAAAGUCCAGAUUUUAGUACUGUUUUGAACACCUGUUUAAACCGAGGAUUUAGUAGACUGUUGGACAAUAUGGCUGAGUUCUUUCGACCUACUGAGCAAGACCUACAACAUGGGGACUCCAGAAACAGUCUUUCCAGUGUCAGCCUACCUUUAGCUAAGAUAAUCCCGAUAGUAAAUGGACAGAUCCAUUCUGUUUGCAGUGAAACGCCUAGUCAUUUUGUUCAGGAUCUGUUGAUGAUGGAACAAGUGAAAGACUUUGCUGCUAAUGUAUAUGAAGCUUUCAGCACUCCUCAGCAACUGGAGAAAUGAUCUUUUUUUUCAAGAAAAACUAUAAUUCGCUUAAAAAAAAGUGGUGAAUAAAUCAACUACAUAUAGGGUAAUGAUCAUUAUGGAAAUGCCUAAUAAAAUAUAUUCUUAAUCAAAGCAUUCAUUUCAUAAUAAAGUAGGUUUACUGGCAUCUUAAGAUAUUUUUUUAAAGUCUCCAAUAGAACUUGUUUUUGUGGGCAUAUUUGAGUUUACACAGUGCAUAUAUCUGAAUUAAAUUUGUUAUACCACGGGUAAUAGUUCUGAGCUGACUAAAACCUAAUGUAGAUACUUUUUUAUAUAAUAUGAAAUGCAAUGCACUUUGAUAUUAAUACUGAGGAAAAAUGUGUUUGGGAAAGGUGUAAUAUUUGGAAUAUAUUCUAUUUAAUCAUAAAAUUUAUUGAACCUGUGGUAUACAGAAGUGAAUCAGGCUUUUCUCCAGUUACUCUUCAAAGGAGUAAGUUAUUUUUCUUUAAUAAACAUUGAUUACAGACUUUUAAUUUUAUGUAAAUCAAUGAAUUUAACAAACCAUGAUCAGCAAUUUUUUUUUUUACUAUGAUUAUCCUUGAAAGUUGAUUUAGAGGCUAAAAUUGUGUUGAUGCUGUUUAUUCACAGCUAUUAUUACAUGGGUUCAUUUGUAAAUAAUAUUAAUAACUUUGUAUUGAUUUUGAGCACAGUGACUAUCUUAUUACAAUAAAGUAUUUUGGUAAAAUAUG